AGCUGGCUAAACAAAGGUCGGCGUGCGGGCGGGUCUGUCUUGGCCCACGGCGCGGCGCCCAACGGCGGCGAGCGGGACCAAAGUCAAAGCCGGCAUUCAAGCACCCGUCACUUGACUUCCAGCCAGCCCGCGCGCUCCCGCUGGGGCCGGUGGCGCCGCGGGCUCCUGUUCCCCAUGGCGCUGAGGCCCGCCUCGCCACCGCCGCCGCCGCCCCUGCCGCCCACCCAUCGCCCCGACCUGUUCUCCGUGGAGCGCUGCCUCCACGACGCGCUCGAGCGGGGCCUGAGCGGGCUGGGCCCCGAGGACGACAGCUGCGACAGCUCCAGGACGCAGGCCGAGUACAACGACGCGUGGACAGCGGACGCCUGCCGGAUCCUGGCGGCGUUCAUCACGCGCGCCACCGCCAAGCUCGACUUGAAGAGGUACAAGACAGCGUGUGUUGUACGGAUCAUUGAGAAGAGACAACAGAGAUUUUGCUCUCAUUUUGCAGCACUGUGGAACUCAGAUUGUGAUGGCUACUGUUCUGUCAUACAUGAGACAGACACAUUGGUGGCUCAUGCUUUGCUCAUGUUAGUUUACUGGGAUUGAAUUCAUUGAAUGCAUGUACUUAAUUUACUGUUUACUGGUUUAACAUAGAUAAAUAAAAGGUCA